AUGGCGAAUACUUUUGACAUUGCACAGGAAUUCUAUCCUGAAACUAUAGACGAAAUAAGGGAUCGUGAAUAUCCCACACUGCGAGAUAUUACAUAUCUCGAUCAUGCCGGCACAACUCUGUAUGCCAAAUCUUUAAUCGAGAGAUAUUCCCAAGACUUGACAACCAACCUCUUUGGAAAUCCGCAUUCGGCAUCUGCAUCUUCCCAGCUUACUUCUAAUCGUGUCGAAGAUAUCAGACUGAAAGCUCUGCGGUUCUUCAACGCAGAUCCAGACGUAUACGACCUGGUAUUUGUGCCUAAUGCGACGGCAGGGAUCAAGUUAGUUGCGGAAUCCUUGCGAGAUUAUCGUGGUAGUCCCGGAUUCUGGUAUGGUUAUCAUGUUGAUUCGCAUACCAGUUUGGUUGGAGUACAGGCAUUGGCCGAUUUAGGCAAUCGUUGUUUUAAGACCGAUGGCGAAGUUCGACAAUGGAUUGAUGGAAUCGAUUCCCAGGACGAAAGCCCGAAGCUUUUUGCAUAUCCCGCCCAGUCAAACAUGAAUGGUCGUCGCUUUCCAUUGAAGUGGUGCAAUCAAAUUCGGAAUGCUGGAGCACGAAAUACUUUUACUCUUCUAGACGCUGCAAGUCUAGUGUCUACUUCACCGUUAGAUCUUAGUGAUCCUCAAAUAUGUCCCGACUUUGUCGUUCUCAGUUUCUAUAAGAUAUUUGGCUUUCCCGACCUGGGCGCAUUGAUCGUCCGAAAGGAAUCGGGGCAUAUCUUCAACCAUCGAAGAUAUUUUGGAGGCGGAACGGUAGAAAUGGUCACUGUUGGAAAUAAUUGGUAUGCCAGGAAACAAUCAUCCGUCCAUGAUCAGCUUGAAGACGGCACACUUCCAUUCCAUAACAUUAUUGCACUCGAAUCGGCAUUUCAGGUGCACGGACUAUUGUAUGGCUCAAUGGCCAAUAUUUCAAGCCAUACUGCUUUCUUAGCAAGGCAGCUAUUCAAUCGACUAUCCUCAAUCAAACAUGCAAACGGAAAAUAUGUUUGUCAUUUAUACCUGUCUCCAGGCUGUUCGUACGAAGAUCGAAGUACCCAAGGUCCGAUCAUUGCAAUGAACCUACUCGACAGCAAUGGUAACUGGAUUGGCAAGUCCGAAAUCGAAAAACUAGCUUCCGUCAAAUCAAUACAUAUACGAUCCGGUACACUCUGCAACCCUGGCGGCACUGCAAGUUUACUAGGACUAAGCAACGACGAAAUAGAAGCAAAUUACAGGGCUGGCCAGCGGUGCGGAGAUGAGAAUGACAUCAUGCAAGGCAAACCGACUGGUGCGUUACGAUUGAGUCUUGGGGCGAUGACAAGCAGUAAAGAUAUUGAUCGAUUUGUGUCGUUCAUCAUGGAGUUUUAUGUGGAACAAUCCCUCCCUCCGCUGUCGGAUGUGCAAGUCUUGCGUACAGCGGAACUAAAUAGGUUCUAUGUGGAAAGCCUUUGUGUAUAUCCUAUCAAGAGUUGCUCGGGAUUCGCAGUACCCCCAGGGAUAGCAUGGAAAGUGCGUCCUGAAGGGCUCGCAUGGGAUCGUGAAUGGUGUAUUGUGCAUCAAGGUACGGGUGUUGCCUUGAGUCAGAAGCGAUAUCCACGCAUGGCCUUGAUAAAGCCUCUAUUGGAUUUCGAGAAGGGUAUUCUCCGUGUCGCUGGUGAAUCUCCAACCGGUAGAGGCCAAUUGGAUGUCCCACUGAGCAGAGACGAUCCGCAUCUCGUCACCACCGAGAUGAUGAGAGGUUGUCAAAAUUCUGGGACUGUCCGAAAACCAUCUUUAGUCUGUGGAGAUAGAGUCAUUAUACAAGUCUACUCGUCUACAGAAGUCUCUGAUUUCUUUUCUGAAUUACUCGGAGUUCCUUGCACAUUGGCUCGAUUCCCUCCAAGGAGUCAUGCGCGUCACUCCAAGAACCCGUAUCGUCACCAUCAUCCCAAUCUAUCCAAAAGACGAAACGAGAUGCCUGGGUCAUUCCCAGUCGAAACCAACCAUACAAACAAUAACAGUAAUCAUGCGCGAAGAAAAGCGAGCGGCACAUCAAACCCAAUCCUCCUUUCAAACGAAAGUCCCAUUCUGCUCAUCUCGCGGUCUUCCGUGAACAGAUUGAAUGAACAAAUAAAGAACUCAGCAGCAACCACUAUCAAUAGUAGCAGCAACAACACAAAAACAGUCGCAGCGAAUGUCUUUCGCGCAAAUAUAGUCAUUGCCGAAAAUCUUCCUCAUUCUCAUUCUCAAUACUCAUCAGUCCCUAUACCAUCAUCGACAUCAUCGCUAUUCGAACAACCCUACAUCGAAGAUAAAUGGUCCUCAAUAACUAUUGGACCCAAGAGUCUCCGAUUUGAUGUCCUCGGGGCUUGUCAGCGUUGUCAAAUGGUCUGCAUCGAUCAAAUGACAGCCGAAAAACGUGAAGAGCCCUUGUCGACCCUAGCCAAGAGUAGGAGGGUAGGUGGAAAAGUGAUUUUUGGAAGACAUUUAGGGUUAUCUCAAGUAGACGACAUCGGUCUUGAUAUUGACGAUGACGACGAGAGUGAAGAACCUGAAAGAACGAUUAUGGUUGGAGAUUUGGUUAUGCCAUCUUACUCUGAAUAA